AGUGCGAGUCCUGCUGGCGGCGGGUGGCGAAAGUGGUGAAGGCAGCCAGAAGCAGGCGAGCUACCAAGCCGCGGGACCUGGCCCGUGUGUGGUGCCUCCCUCUGCUGUUACCCUCUGUCCUCUCUUGAGAACCAGGCUCAGCGGGAGCCGUUGCUCCCAGCGAUAACGCUGUCAAGAAAGCGGUGUUGCCUGGCGGUUGCCUGCCGUCUGCCUGCCGCAGAGCGGCCGCGUUACCCAGCCUCAGGGCUUGCAGGGCACCACACGGCCGGCCCGGUGGUGGAGUCACCGCCCUCGCGAUGGCGGCCAAGUUGUCCCAGACGUUUUUAAGAUGCGGCUUAAAAUGAGAGGUCGCUCUGGGAGCCGGCAGCAGAACGGGAAGGACUGAGGGAGAUGAGGGCGAAGCCUUAGGAAGCAGGAAUGUGUGAUGGAAGACCUCGGGGUGAAAAAGCCCAGUGUAUGCCUGUUCUCCAGGCUUGUGUGCCCUAAAAGCCCGAAGUGCUGUGUGUAAAGGAGCGAGAUUGCCAAAUGCCAGCUUCCCACAGACGCUGGGAUGGUCGUUACCCUCACUCAAAGUCUUUUAUUUUUCCUUCCCUCAAAGUCCCAGUCACGCUCGGCCUUUGCUGCUAUCCCCGGUGGCAGCGGCCCAGGGCAUGUGUGCGCAACCCCAACCUGUACCGAGGCCGUUCGGCGCAGGCAAUGAAUCGCGGGGCUGGCAGCCGGCGGGUCCUGAUCCACCGGCGGUAGGGCCGUGCUGCCCUCUCUCCGUGGGCUUACAGCUCUUCCCUCUUCAGCACGCAUCCCCAGAGGCGCCUACGUGCGAGGGAAGCGGGUGCGGCGAAGACAGACAAGCACCAGCUUCCAGUCCAUUUUGCGGUGCACUUCCCGACGCCCCGCGGGAUGCUCCCUUCCCAACAAACGCUUCCGUGAUUUGGCAGCCGCUCGGACUCUCAACCUGCCUCCCCGCCCUGCCUUGGCUAUUGGCUGAGCGCGGUCGGGGCCGCGCCGGGCGGGGAUGCCAGCCUCGCCUUAGCCUGCCGGCAGCCGUCAGUCGUCGCUUCAUCGGCGAGGAUGAAGGUCUCCUGGCUGGGCGUGGAUGUCUCCCGGGUGCUGCACUUGGCUGCCGUCUUCUGUCUGACCUGCGUGCUGCUGAAGGCCAUCCAGCUGUUCCACCGGCGGCGGGAGCUGGUCCGGGCGCUGGCCCAUUUUCCCGGCCACCCGACACACUGGCUCUUCGGCCACGUCCACGAGUUUCUCAAGGAGGAAGAGAUGUUGGAGAAGGCGGAAACCUGGGCACAGAAGUACCAAUAUGCUCAUCCUCUCUGGUUUGGGAAUUUCUCAGCAUUCCUGGUUGUCACCGAUCCCAGCUAUGCCAAGGCUGUGUUGGCCAGAGGAGAUCCCAAGGAUAAUGUGAGCUAUAAACACCUUGUCCCAUGGAUUGGGAAAGGGUUGCUGAUCUUACAUGGGCCAAAAUGGCACCAACAUCGAAAACUCCUGACUCCAGGGUUUCAUUACGACAUCUUGAAACCAUACGUGGCCCUGAUGGCAGAGUCAACUAACGUGAUGCUGGACAAGUGGGAGCAGCUGGUCACAGAUGGGAAACCAGUGGAGCUCUUUGAGCACGUUAGCUUGAUGACUCUUGAUAGCAUCAUGAAAUGUGCCUUUAGUUAUCACAGCAACUGUCAGACUGACAGGAAAAACACCUACAUCCAGGCUGUCUAUGACCUAUGCCUCAUGGUGCACCAGCGCCUCCGCAUCUUCCCAUACCACAGUGACAUCAUCUACUGGCUCAGCCCCCAUGGAUUUCGGUUCAGGAAGGUCUGCCAGCUCGCUCACGACCACACAGACAAGGUGAUCCGAGAGCGAAAGGAAUGCCUUAAAGAUGAACUAGAGUUUGAGAAGAUCCAGAAGAAGAGACAUUUGGACUUCCUGGACAUUCUGCUGUGUGCCAAAGAAGAGAAUGGAGCUGGACUGUCUGAUGAGGACGUGCGUGCUGAGGUGGACACAUUCAUGUUUGAGGGCCAUGACACGACAGCCAGUGGAAUCUCCUGGCUCUUCUACUGCCUGGCGUUACACCCGGAGUACCAGGCACGUUGCCGGGAGGAGAUCCAGGAGAUCCUGGGGGACCGGAAGACGAUUCAGUGGGAGGACCUGGGCAAGAUGACUUACAGCACCAUGUGCAUCAAGGAGAGCCUUCGCCUUUACCCACCAGUGCCCGGCGUGUCCCGGCAGCUCAGCAAACCCCUCACCUUCCCUGACGGACGCACCUUGCCGGAAGGCAGCAACAUUGCAGUAAGCAUUUAUCUCAUUCACAGAAACCCUGAAGUAUGGAAAGACCCUUUGGUUUUUGACCCUUCACGAUUUUCCCCGGAGAACGUCUCUGGCAGACACUCACAUGCAUUCCUGCCUUUUUCUGCUGGAUUGAGGAACUGCAUCGGGCAGCAGUUUGCCAUGAACGAGAUGAAGGUGGCACUGGCCCUCACCCUGCUCCGCUUUGAGCUCUCGCCUGACCCCAGCAAGCCUCCCAACAGAAUACCUCAGCUCAUCCUUCGCUCCAAGAAUGGGAUUCACUUGCAUCUGAAGAAAAUCCACUGAUGCUGAAAAUCAUUCUGCCUUUACCAGGGUGGGCACAAAGCAGAUGAGGAACAGUGCUUCUCUGGGGCAAAAGGUGUAGGGCAGGAUAUGGGAAUGAGGAUCACUAAUUUCUGUGCUUUUUCCACCAGCUGAAAGUCCUUCUCAGUUUGGGCCCAGGUAGCCUGGAUGGCAUUGCACAGACCCAUUGCCAUCUGCUUGGCAAGCAUUUGCCUCAAAACAGUGAGCAUGGUCUUGCCUUUGCUGAUGGUCCCUUUGCCCUGGUGUAAAAGCUGGCCUGGCCUGGGAACAUCUGCAGGCCUCACCAGCUUCCUCCUUACCAAAUCCUGCCUUCACACUCAUGUCCUGACUGAAUCCAUGACUGUUCCCAGCCUUACUCUAUCCUCAACACCUUCCUCAGUGCCUAGAGGUCAGCCCUCCUGCACCAGGGGCAGCCUGUGGCAGACCUCUGUCUCUUUUCUCACUCUCAAUAUGUCUCUGUUUCGUUGAAAGCACUGAUUCCAGUUUGGGCUCUGAAAUUCUGCCUAAACUGCACAUGAGUCUGUAAUUUUUCUCUUAAUAAAUCAGGAAUUAUUGCUUUAA